AUGCCCGGUAAAAUUGCCCAAGUUAUCGGCACAGUGGUGGACGUGGAGUUUCCCGCCGACCAAAUGCCGAAUCUGUUCGACGCGCUGGAAGUUGAUAACUCUGGCGAACGGCUGGUGCUGGAAGUACAGCAGCACAUCGGCAACCACUGGGCCCGAUGCCUGGCGUUGGGUUCAACCGACGGCGUGGCCCGGGGCAGCGAAGUUACCGACACCGGGUCGAAGGUUAUGGUUCCGGUGGGCCCCGAAACUUUGGGACGGCUGUUUGACGUUACGGGCACGCCCCUGGACAACCUGGGCGCGGUGGAAGCCGGGCAACACUGGCCCAUUCACCGAGACCCGCCGGCAUUUGACGACCAAAGCUCAACGGUGGACAUUCUCGAGACCGGCAUCAAGGUGUUCGACCUCAUUACGCCCUUCCCCAAGGGCGGCAAGGUGGGAGCCUACGGCGGCGCCGGAGUUGGGAAAACGGUAAUCAUUCAGGAACUUAUCCGCAACAUCGGUGCGGUGCACAGUGGCGUGUCGGUAUUCGCCGGAGUGGGAGAACGCUCCCGCGAGGGCAACGACCUGUGGCACGAAAUGCAGGACUCCGGCGUGUUGGGCACCACGGUGCUGGUGUUCGGUCAAAUGAACGAAACCCCCGGGGUGCGCGCCCGCAUCGGCCUGACCGGCCUGACCAUGGCGGAAUACUUCCGGGAAGAAGAGAACCAGGACGUGCUGCUGUUCAUCGACAACAUUUACCGCUACAUCCUGGCCGGCAUGGAAGUAUCGGCGCUGUUGGGACGGAUGCCGUCCGCAGUGGGAUACCAGCCCACGCUCAGCACCGAGAUGGGCGCCCUGCAGGAGCGGAUCACCUCGACCAAGAGCGGUUCCAUCACGUCAUUCCAGGCCAUCUACGUACCGGCCGACGACUACACCGACCCUGGCAUCGUGACCACGUUUGGUCACCUGGACGCCGUGGUGUCGCUGGAACGGUCGCUGGCGGCGCAGGCGUUGUAUCCGGCGGUGGACCCGCUGGCAUCGUUUGCCCGAAUCCUGGAACCCCGCAUCGUUGGGGAGGAGACACUACCGGGUCGCCCGUGGCGUGCAGCAGAGCGCGAGUUGUUCUCGGGUGAAGUCGAUGCACUGGUAGCGCCGGGAAUCGCCGGCCAGCUGGGCAUCCUGCCGCGCCAUGCUCCUCUGAUGACGUCGCUGCAACCCGGCGAGCUGAUGGUGCGGGCCGAUGGGGAAGAAUCGUACCUGGCGCUAUCCGGCGGUUAUCUGGAAGUGCUGGGCAACCGGGUAACCAUCCUGGCUGACGCCGCUGAAGACGUGGACGAAAUCGACGAAGCGAGGGCGCAGGAAGCCAUCGACCAGGCACAGGAACGCAUCGCCAAUCGUGAAUCGGAUGUGGAGCUGGAGCGUGCAGUGGCAUCGUUGCGCCGGGCGCAGGUGCGGCUGACCGUGUCGCGGCGGCGGCGAACCAGCCCGCAUCGGUCCAUGGCGCAACGUCGGCUGGAUUCCGGGGGCGGCGGCUAG